AUGGAUCUCAAGGAUAGUAAUGCUAUCACCGGAGGGAGUAGCAGUGAGAAGGCCGCCCAUGAGGGUCGCAGCGAUUCUACAGUGGCACUUUGGGAUUUCGCCCAACAAUUUAUGGCUGAGGUUAUGUGGAAUUCUCGGGGGCAGGAUCGUCCCACUACUAAACGGGGAGAUUCUAUUGAGAAGUUCACUUGCCUGAAGCCUCCUACCUUCCCGGGAAGUACCAACCUGAUCCUUAUAGAGAAUUGGAUUCAGGAAAUCAAAAAGAUCUUUGUCGUACUACGAUGCACCAAUGAGCAAAAGGUGCUAUAUGCCACGUUUAAACAAACUAGAGAAGCCGAGAGAUGGUGGGAAGCAGUAAAGCUAUUAGAGGAGCAGAGACUAGUAUCAGUGGCGAUGAUGUUGAGCUAUUUCAGAGAGGUUUUCUUUUAUCAGUAUUUUCCAGCCUCUAUUAGGAAAGUAAAGGCAACGGAGUUCAUGAACCUGACUCAGGGACAGCUGACUGUUCAGUAA